AUGGUGACUUCAAACACACUCAAACAAAGUGAAAGUAUAGCAUCCAGUGAUAGACUGGGGACUUCAGCUGUGGUGAGAGGAAGCACAUCUGCAGCACCCAGGAGCUUGGGGGUGACUUCCAUCCUAGCCCAGCAGAACACAAUGACAACACCCAGUGUCACAGAUGGGAAACUAACCACAGACAACUCGAUUACAACUACUAGUGACCUGAAGACCACACUUAGACCAGCCUCUACCCCAGCAAAGCCUGAAACCACCAGCGGCCAGAAAGGAACUAAAGACACAACUGGACCUGGAGCCCAAAGUAGCCACGACGUUACCACUAAGGCAGAGAGCGUGAGCCUGAAGGGAGAAAGUCAGGUGACCUCUAAACCUUCUACUCUGAGUACAGUCUUACACACCACUUCUGCUCUUCCUUCCCUGACGGUCUUAACAAGCACUCACCGACUGACUACAGGCUCUGUUACUACGAAGCGUGCAGAGAGCUCUUCUGAGGAACCAGACAAAAGUACUACAGCUUCAAGUAGUGCAGGCACGACAGCAGGUCCCACCUUCACAUCUCAGGGGAUAACUACCACACUAACUACUGAAUCAUUAACAACAGAUCCACAGACCUCCAGCAAAAUGCCAGCCGUCCCUGAGACCUCCUUCUCCGUCCCUGAGACCUCCUCCUCCGUCCCUGAGACCUCCUCCUCCGUCCCUGAGACCUCCUCCUCCGUCCCUGAGACCUCUGCAACCAAGGCUUUGCUCAGCCUGAACCUUAAUCCCAGUGGCUUCUUCCAGGUACAGUGCAGAUCUGAUGAAAAGCUGAAUGACAAGAUGCUCAUCCUGAACCUCACGAAAACCAGCCUCUGUGGGGAGAGCCCUUCAGAUGACAGACUGAUCACAAUUCUGUGCCGAGCAGCAAAAGCCACCUACAACUCAACUCAAGAUGAGUGCAUUAUAUACCUGAUACACAUUCCAGAAACCCAGGCAGUGGCAAUCAAAAACAUCACUAUACACACACACCUCCUUCCCAAGGACCUGUAUCUACCUCUGAAAGACAAAUGGAAUGACCUACAAGAGGCGGGAGUCAGUUACAUGAAGUUUGGGCAUCAAGGACCACCAGAAGAGACUGAAGACCGGUUCAGUAUGCCUCUCAUCAUCACUAUUGUCUGCAUGGCAUCCUUCCUGCUCCUCGUUGCGGCCCUCUAUGGCUGUUGCCACCAGCGCCUCUCCCAGAGGAAGGACCAGCAACGACUAACAGAGGAGCUACAGACAGUGGAGAAUGGUUACCAUGACAAUCCAACACUGGAAGUGAUGGAGACCUCAUCAGAAAUGCAGGAGAAAAAGGUGGUCAACCUUAAUGGGGAGCUGGGGGACAGCUGGAUCGUCCCUCUGGACAACCUGACCAAGGAUGACCUAGAUGAGGAGGAAGACACACACCUCUAAUCAGGUCUGCUGGCAGCCUCCAACAGUGCCACAGAGCUCCAGACUGAACCACCUCAAGUGCCAUUUGGACAGGGGAGGAAAAUCCUUCCCAUUUGAGGGAAAGACUGGGGAGGAAGAGCAGACUCAGAAGGUUCCCUCCUCCCAAUCCCCACAGGGCCUUACUUUUUCCCUUUUCAAGCUGAACAAAUCACAUUCUGUCUAGAUUCCUCUUGUAAAAUAACCCACUAGUGCCUGAGCUCAUUGCUGCUGGAAGAUGAGAGGAAGGGAAAUCAAGAAAGAGCCAUAUAAGGGACUUAUAUGAUCAUCUGGUAGAAUCCCUUCAUUUCACAGAUGAGAGGACUGAGGCCAAAAGAGGGUAAGGUCAAGGGCACACAGCCAUUUGGUGACAGAGUCAGGAUGAAAUCAGACUCCUUCAUUCAGUCCAGUGCUCAUUUCCACCAUGCCACACUGCUGGAAUCACCUGCGCCCUCCCUCCUGAGGGGCCUCCCUGAGCUGCCCUGGGCAGGGGUUGGAGUCAACAGAUGGGAUAGAAGGAAGAGCGGGGCCAGAUCCUGUCUCAGUGGGAUCUGAUGACUUGAAAGUACAGGUCCUGAGUUUUCUAUCUCCUACCCCAGCCUCGUCUGCCAGUGUUCUUGUCCCCUUUGUUUUUCCUCCUUCCUUUCACUCAAUUUUUAUUCCCACUCUGUCCCCUCUGUU